AUGUUUUCAAUAUUUGAAAAGUAUAAAUGCAACAAACAAAAAACCAAUUGUGAAGCUAAUACAGAAAUAUUUGCCACUGCCAGUACUUCCAGUAUUGGCAGUAUUACUUCUGAAUCUGAAGAUAUCGGUAUUAUGGCCGAUAUGCAAGAAGUAAUGAAUAAAGAUGACAGUACAUUUAUCGAACCUAUUAGUGUGGAUCCAAAUGUAUCAGUUACAAGUAAUUUAUCCGAUUUAGGAGAUAUGGGACAUGCCCGCCCUAUAUUACAAGUAUAUCCCAAAACCAAAUUUGGUAUUCAAAACAGGCCAUUUUCAAGCAAACUGUAUUCUAAUUAUGAUUGGCUUGAAUAUAGUGUGAGGAAAGAUUUGGUAUUUUGUUAUUUUUGUCGAAUAUGUGGCUUAGGAAAUUAUAAUGAAGACACCGACACUUUCACUACUAAGGGGUUUCAAAAUUGGAGAAAAAUUAGAGAGAAGUGUAACUCACAUUCUUCUUCAAAACAACACUUAAUUAACAAGACAAAUUAUACUGCUUAUUUGUCAAGUAAAUCAAAUGGUAGUGUAGUCUCUAAGCUAUCAGAAGGACAUCAAAAAGAAGUAAAUGAAAAUCGAGAAUACUUAACAAUACUAAUUGAAAUUUUGUUAUAUUUGAGCCGCCAAGGAAUCCCACUUCGGGGCCACUUUGAAGAUAAAAACUCUCUGAACCAAGGAAAUUUCAAAGAGGCUUGUCAUUUGCUAAAAAAAAUUUGA